UCCAGGGAACAGAUAAAACCGAUGGAGACUGUUCCGGCCUUGUUGCUGAUGGUGAUUGUAGCCAGACUGCAAUGAUGGACCCUUGUGAGAACGGCGGAACAUUCUUCUCUGGGAACAGGACCUGCCACUGUGCACAUGGCUUUGUUGGGGAUUACUGUCAAAGACGUUACCGAGAUUGCCUCGAGUCGCCCCAGGCCAACACCCACUAUUACCUGCAGCCGCUGGGCUCCGACCACGUGUUCGAGUGGCACUGUGAACCUGCGGCCGUCAACUACACUCUGGUGGCCCCCUUCAUCCAGACAUACAACCUCAACUUCACGCUGUCUUGGCAGCAGUUCAAACAAGGUAUUGCACGCUUUGCCGGCUUCUACUUCAUGGGCCUGGAGAACCUGCACCAGCUGACGAAACAGGGAGUGUACGAUUUGUUUGUGUAUUUGUUUAAGACGGGUAGGCCCUACGGCUCUCUGUCGUACAGAAACUUCAAGGUGGAUUCUGAAUCGGAAGGGUAUGCUCUGCGCUGGGAUCAUCUCGACAAGGAAUUCAAUGGCUACUUUACUGGUAGCGAUGACUUCCUGGAUGGUUUUGGGGGCGUGGGGGACGCAGCAAAGAACUUGAAUGGGGCACGUUUCGGUACGUUCGACAACGACAUCGCCGGAUGUGCUCGUGCCAAGAACGCCGGGUGGUGGUAUAACCCUGUUGGGUGCAACAUGAUUACUUUCGAUCCGAAUGGUUUGUAUUGGCCUACCAACUUAACCGGGGUAGUUCAGCUUGAUUACAUCAAUAUUACCAUGAUGGUGAUGAAACCAGUUCACUGGUACAAGGAAGACGACCUUGUUCUCUGAUAUUCAAGACUCGGGGGACUCACGUCAUUGCCAUCUAGUCACACGUUCACUUUCGUUUAGGUAGCUCACCUAAAUAAAUGUUGGAAGGAAACAAUAGGUUUUCCAGAUUUGAUCUUGUUCCGGGACCAACUGACGUAUUGGUCCUGUCUGACCAGGAUGACCUUGUGGUUGAUGGGCGACAAGCUUGGGGGAACACCAGCCCGCAUUGCCGACAUUAAGCAUAUUCUAGAAUGCAGCGACCUGCGUGCUUAAGCUGGUGGUGACGUCAUUGUUGUGUGUGUAUUCGAAUGUGGGGACCUGUUCCCUGGCAGAAUGGACGAUGUCUACAACGGUCUAUUAUGACGAUUAGAAAUGUUUGGAUGACUCAAAGCGACGUUAUUGUCCAAAAUAUUUUGUUGGUCGACUCUCUCUGUGUCUCUUUAUAUCUUGAUGUUUUUACGAAAUGUUAUUCCUCGAAGGU